GUUGAUGUUUGUUUUCUUUACAACUUCAACAAAAUGUAAACAAACACAAAACGGUUAAAAUGAUGGAAACAGAAACACAGCGGCUAAUUUUACAACCUCAAACAAAAUGAUAAAACAAAACACAAACACAAAAAGGAAACAAGGAAAGCAAAACAAAACACUUCGUCAGAGAUGUAACGUGUAUUUCAGAUCACGACGGGAUGAUAUUGCUUCUUUUUUUUCUGUUUGUUUGUUCCUUCAAGUUCUAUACCACUUGAUCUGGGUUCACUGGUGGCGAUUUAAUUAGCGUGGAUGGAAACCUCUGCUUCAACACAAAACAGAUCUUCUUCUUUCGAACUAAGCGCUCUAUGCCA